AUGAAUAGUGUGGACGAAACAGUUUACAAUCUUCUCAACCAAAUACCUCAAUGUCCAUCAAUAUUACCAGAUCCUUCCAAACAUAUUUAUCGAUCGACCUUUGCGUCAGAUGUCGUACACAAUUACAAUAAACAUAAAUAUUCCCAUCGAACGAUGGGUUUAGCUGUUAUUCCAAAACCCGAUCCAUGCCAACCACUUCGCCGACGACAAAACUAUAUUCAAUUACCGGAAAUUAAACCAUUCAUUCGAUCCCAUCGAAUGCCGCCGAUUCCGAAACCAAAUAAAUUACAAUCAAAAUUGUCGAAAGAUCAUGUCCAAGAGAAUAUCAUUCAUAUAAAAAACUCACUACCGAAAUGCUCCCGUCGAUACAUCGUUUCAGAUCGCAAAGGAAACAAAUUUCUAAUUGAUGGUAGUGGUUUACAAAAAGAAUUUAUUUAUAAAAGAGUUGUACAAUCACAUUGA